GUCUGGCACUCCCAGAGUCAUGACGUAAUCUUCAAUGGGCGAGCAUAAGGUACCGUAUACACAACACAGAAGAGACAUGAAAUAUCCUCUGUGCAUUGAGUAUUGCCAUCUUCCAGUAAAUGCAGCUGCUUUCCAAGCGCGGAUUCUUUCUUUAUCGCAAGGCAAUUAUCCCUCCCAAGACGUAUAGGCUGUUCCAAAUUUCGCCUUCCAAAAUGGUCAAGAGUGAACAAGAUGUCAUCGAUGACUUCAACAACACGGUCAACAUGACUGCUGACGAGCUUGAAGAGUGGCUUAGAGGGGACGAAUCCCAAAAGGCCGGUUGGUCCAAGAAUGAUGGCUCUGGGGAGAGCAUUGGUCACGAGAGCGGGAGGAAGAUUGUCGAAAUUUUGAGGAAGAAUCCGGACAAAGACCCAUCCAAGUAUGAUGACGACGACCUGGCUCAUAUGAGGAAGGUUGCUGCUUAUAAUAAGCGACACCUGGCCCAGGAGGAAAAGGCCAAGCAAGACACCAACAGCAACUCAUACCGGUCCUUGAAGAACUGGGGCCACGAUGCACAAAAGGAGGCCUGAACCGUAUGGCGAACAAGGGUGAUAUGUAGACCCUGGUACCAAACUUUAGUCGGUUCUCACGAUUCCGGAGGGAAGAUAAAGUCCUUGACGAUGGUUGAACCAGCAUACUCGGGGUUGAGCAUGAUGCAAUUCAGAAAGUAGGCCAGGCCUUCGCGUCGCUUUUCCAGGAAUUUGGGCCGAAAUUUGUAGAUGGCGCUUUUUGGAGGGAGUGGCGGUAGAGUAGUCUUGUUCGAUUGAGGGAAGGCUUUGAUCAACUUCCUUCUUAGCUCAUCGAAUUCCGAGUAUCGUUUUCGGAUGGUCAUUGGCCCUCCGUCAAGCGUCUGAACUUUGCAAUUCCAUACCACAUAGGCUCCGAGCCCUGGUGGGCUGCCAUGGACGAUGACAUAGUCGUCAAUGGUGAUGGACUUGGCCCAAAGAGCGCCUCUGGUAGCUGCUCGAGACUCGGUAUGGUCCUCGAGGGUGA